CCAGGCGCUGCGUGCGGACCCCGAGGACUCGUGGGGGUGGCGAGGGCAGUCCGGGGGCGGCGGGGGUGGCGGGGGCGCGCGCGGGGCGGGGCGGGGCCGCAAGGAGAUGCGCGCGGGGGGCGCGGCGCAGGGUCCCACCGUCACGGCCGCGCCAAUUCCAGGUGCGUCACGGAGGGGCGGGGCCGGUUGGCGUGGGGCGUGGCUUGCGUGCCACGGCCCCGCCCUUCCCAUGCUAGGCCCCGCCCCUGCCUUCAGCGGCGUACCGCCUUCCCGGCCCUCAGUCUCUCUUGGGAGAGGCCUAGCUCAGGGCCCCGCUCCGCCCUUCCCUACCCCCCUCCGCUGUCUUGGCCCGGUCCCCCGCCCCGGCCCCGCUCCCACCCAGUUGACUGGCGCAGGUGGUUGAGCCCUGAGCCCGUAUCCCCUUCGACGCUGGACCGGGCCUGGGCGGGAUUCCGGCCGUGUUUCUGUGCCUGCUCGUGCAGUGACCUGGGAGUUGGGGGAGACGAUACUGGCUGGAGAGUGUCCUCGGGUGCCUGUGUUUCUGCGUGGCCGGGGACGGAGGAGGGGGACUCGCAGGUGUUCAGGGCAGUGAUCGGCACCACGGGCAGAUGUCUGUGAGGCGCUUCCUGCAGGCGUCGUUCUGUCCACAUGUAGCACAGGUAUCGAGAACCUUCCUUGUGAGCUGCAGAGGAACUUCCAGCUCAUGAGAGAGCUGGACCAGAGGACGGAAGAUAAGAAGGCAGAGAUUGACAUCCUGGCUGCGGAGUAUAUCUCCACGGUGAAGACGCUUUCUCCAGACCAGCGUGUGGAGCACCUGCAGAAGAUCCAGAGCGCCUACAGCAAGUGUAAGGAGUACAGUGAUGAUAAGGUGCAGCUGGCCAUGCAGACCUAUGAGAUGGUGGAUAAACACAUUCGAAGGCUCGAUGCAGACCUGGCACGCUUCGAAGCAGACCUGAAGGACAAGAUGGAGGGCAGUGACUUUGAAAGCUCCGGAGGACGAGGGUUAAAAAAAGGUCGAGGUCAGAAAGAAAAAAGAGGCUCCCGAGGUCGUGGCAGGAGGACCUCAGAAGAAGACACUCCAAAGAAAAAGAAGCAUAAAGGAGGGUCUGAGUUCACCGACACCAUCUUGUCCGUGCACCCCUCUGACGUGCUGGACAUGCCCGUGGACCCAAAUGAGCCCACCUACUGCCUGUGCCACCAGGUGUCCUACGGGGAGAUGAUAGGCUGUGACAACCCGGACUGUCCUAUCGAGUGGUUUCACUUCGCCUGUGUGGAUCUGACCACGAAACCCAAAGGAAAAUGGUUCUGUCCGCGGUGCGUUCAGGAGAGGAGGAGGAGGAAGUGAGGCUGCUACCUGGGCUGGAAGAGCGAGUUAAUGUAUUCCUUCCUUCGUGUUGCAAUAUUUUCUCUUCAUUUUAAAACUACCUUGUUUUGAAUGAUACUUAACAACUCAGUGGCCAGUUGUAAGUCUGGGUAUUUCCUGAGACAAGCAAGAAUCCACCUGAGCCCUGUUUGCACGAGGAGCGAUCUCACAGGGACUUGCCACAGUGACUUCAUUCUCGAGACUUCUCGUACGGGGCCCGGCCCCGGGCACGGCAGGUGCACCGAGUGGCCGAGCCUUCCGUGGGCCGGUGCAGUGGGGACCUUCCCACCCGCUGCACUGCCGUCGCUCUGCAGCUGGGGUGGGAGCCUGUGUGGUCCGACUGUCCCGGCGCCACCGCGGCACAUCUGUCCCCGCAAGGCGUGUGCCCGGAAGCUGGCGAGGCGUUGCUGGAAGGCAUCCUCCGUGUCUCGGUGACCUGCCUGGGACGGUGGGGCUGUCCCUGGAGCGGGAGGGCCCCGCCGCACUGUGCGCUGCCUUGUUCGUCUGGACUCCCAGUUCCCUCCGUGAGGGCUUUACCUGCUGGAGUGAACGGCCCGUCAUCAGCAGGUUGCCGUGAGCCGCCCGUGAGAUGCCUGACCGACGGCUGGUGUGCCGUCGCUCUGGGAAUCCCUGAUGUUUUACUGUGAAGCUGGAACUGUCGUAACAG